AGAGAGACACACACACCCAGUUGAUUAUACUGAACGUUCAGGUCCCCUGCGAGUAACACAAACAGUUGCGUAUGUCUUUUCCAGAGCCUCGAGGUAGCACGUCUGGAAUGAAGCUUCCUUCCCGUUCUUCUUCCUGGAGUUAGAAUCGCCGCUCUUGCAGAAUUCAAGAGUCAAGAUGAAUGGACUUCAGGUGAUGUAGAACAACGAACAACAGUGAACAAGACGGAUAAAAACUUAUUCCAUAAGAGUCCAAUCCCCUGGAAUGUGAUGUUUGCAGUAAUGUGUUCAGCGACGAUCAUUGCCCAAGAAUUCUUCCGUGUUCACAUACGUUUUGUGGCCGGUGCAUCGACGGGCUUUGCUCAAGCCAACAGAAAACGUGCCCCCUGUGCAGAAGGAACUUCAAAGCCAGAGCAGCCAAAGACCUGACGAUUAACAGAGGCCUCCUCGAUGCCGCAAACCGGUUUUCUUCCAUGCAUAAUCGACAGAAGGCUGCUGUCCGAGAACCAAAUAAAUCCUUUUUAGACUUUACCAAGGAUUUCAGGGAGAAAGCUAAGAAAGGCAUCGCUGACUGUCAGGUUACAAAAGAUCGGGGUUUGGGUGCCAUUGAAAACCUCACUGGGAGGAUAAAUAGCGCCUCAGAAAACAAAAAAGAAAUUGAUGCUCUCAUUGAAAUUAUCCAAAAGCUGAAAUUUUCAAAUGAAAAUACUCUGAGUGGUACUGAGAAAGAUAUUGAAUUGCUGAGGAAUAGGGUGGAUGCUAUGCUACAACUAGAAGAAAAGAUCCAAGUCUCAGAUGAUAAGCUAGAAGCGUUAACAGACUUUACAUCUGCUGGUCCCAUCAUAGAUGAGGCAGAGGAGGCCCUUAAGGACAUUCAAGAAAAGGCAAAGGAUAUACAAGAGAUUCUCCAGAAGAACGAAAGAGAACGAGCUAGUAUUCAGAAGGAAAAUCGUAACGCGAAAAAAAGGCUGAGGAAUAUUGCGGAGAAAAUAGAACAAAGGAUAAUCGAAGAGGAUUCUCUAAUAGACAUCACGGUGACUGACCUCCGAAGUCCCAGCGGGCCCUUGAGCGGGAGUCUUCACAGAGAGGUCGUUGCUGUUAAGACGUUCAAAGGGAAGCAGAGGGUGGCUCUAAUCAAGCUUAAAAAACAGCUCGUUCUAAGUAAUUUUGAGGAAGGUGAUAUACCACCGAAAAGCUAUGUCAUAAAGGUUGAAUCCCUCAUGCACACACCCUCCCGAAGAGCGUUCUUGGAUUUGGGCGUUGACGGAACAGUCCUAGGAAGGAUAAUAAUUAGGGUCAUAGAUGAGGGCAAUCUCGCCCGUAAUUUCCUCCACAUGUGUGCGGGAGAUAUGGGUCCUUCUUACGCCAACUCUCGGGUCUUAAGUGUGUAUUUUAAGAAUGAGGAAGGUGAAAACGUUAGUAUGGGAAGUUAUAAAAUUAACGGAAGAAAUUCAAAGGCGGCAGUCUUGCCAGAUGUGGACUGGGAGAGUGAGAAGAGGAUGGAGAUCUACGAAAAAACAUCGAUGAAGGUUGGAGAAUUGAGGGGCUGGUUCAACAAUGCAAUGGCUUCGUGCUUUUAUAUUGUCACCAGAGAUUACUCCGCUGAAAAAUAUGGAAAUCGCUUCGGGAUUGUGGAGGAGGGUCUUGAUAUUCUGAGAGACGCCAUCUCGCAGCAUCCAGAUGUCACCAAAAUAAUGAUCACUGACUGCGGGCUGAUUUUUAGUCUUUAAAUUUGCCACUGUGAAAUUCUGCUUUGAAGUCUUUAAAAUAAAAUUUGACAACCAGCA